GAGCGGGUGGAACAGAUGAUCUGCCGACACGAAAAGGACAAAGCUCGGUACCAUCUCUGUCAAUCCACCCUGCCUUCUGACUCGCUCAGCCAAAGUAACCCGUCAUUAAUGUCAUGCAGGGAUCUUCGACCAGAAGGACAAGACAGGCAGGCCUUUCGUCAAUGGAUUGACAUAUCCCGUGUUUUCCGAAAGCCGACUUGGUGCUGCCCAGACUUGCAAACCCCCCCGUCUCAAAGGGACUAGACCCAAGGGGGCAAAAAUGAGAGAGACAAAACGGGAAAGGGAAAAAAGUGUGGACGGUGGGAAAGCAAAGGCUGGCAAAUGGAAAAAGGGUAAAAAGAGGGGGGGGGAAAGAAAAGAAAAGAAAAAGGAGAAGGGAAGCUUAGUCGACGUUCCAGAAACUGUGGAAACUUCGACCUUGGUGCGACGGUUCGGCCCAAGAUCCAGACUCUGAAGCUACGCUUCUCAUAACCCUCAUCAAUCCGAAACUCCUUGACCGAUGAUGCAUGACGGCUGGUCGAUGUCCCCGUCAUCCAAUUACUACAUACUAUACAGUACUUUAGCCUAGCAGUAGAAUUUGGGAGUCUAUCGAGUAUUGACCACACCCACAAAGCAUUAUUAACAUCAUCGCUGCAGGUUAACUUGAGGAGAGAAAAUUAAUUAUUCUGACAGGGCAGGGCCCACGCCGCCCUGCAAUCAUGUCUCUGCUUGCUUGUCCCUUUUCCCGGCUAGUAGACCAGGCAGUUGAGGGAAUGUCAGUCAGGGGCCAAAAGCAAAAAUCACCUGCGAGUCAUUGAUUUUGCCAGCAGUGCGGAGACGUUAAGUCAAAGCUGUUACAUGGGGGCAGAAUGUGAGGCACGUCUUGGAACUUUUAUGGGAGGGGAAACAGAUGAUAAUUUACUGAAU